CAUCACGGUACCCCUAACUCAUCUUCUGCCACGUCAUCUUCUAGGUGAGAUAUAGUCUUUGUCAAAACAUCACCAUUUGUCACGCUCUUCGUACCUGUUGCUGACGCCCAGAAACAACUGAGAAACCCAUAACUUUAUUGAAUGCAAAGAUUGUAUCUUUGCCACUUUUCUUUUGAAACAAACCGUAACAGCAUAUGCUCCCACAUCAGCCAUGAAUCUUGAGUCGAUUCUACUUCUCAGAGCUUCUUCUUCCUCUCUAAAAAUGAAGAUUUUAUAGCAAAUUCAAGAAUACACUGUUCAACUUUGGGGUUUUAUUUUCAUUCUUUUGACAAGUUAGGUGGCUUUUUUUUUUUUUUUUUCUUGGGGAUUUAUAGCAAAUGGGUUGGAGAUAUCAAGCUGGGUUGGGUUUGAUUGGCACAGUUGUACUCAUAUGGGUUGCUUCUGCAGAGGUCACUCAGAACAUCUUUGAAAAGUAUAAACAACCAUUUGCACUCACAUACUUUGGGGUGUCUCUGAUGGUUGUUUAUCUGCCCAUAGCACUAGUAAAAGACUGGUUCUUUGGAUUAGUCCGCACCUAUUUGUUCAAGAACAAAUAUAGUGCCAGCUCAGAUGGUACUGGGCUUGAUAUCCCACUCAGAAUCAAUGAUAUGCAACAGGCCCCAGAAAAUGACAUGAGGAGCAGCCUGGUAACUGACAAAGAUCUAAGUGAAAGGGAGGAAGGGUGGCCUGUGAUUGUCAAGGAGGAAGAAGACGUAUCUUCUUUGCUGGAACACCACUGCGAACUUAGUUCAUGGGAAGUUGCCAAGUGUAGUUUAUAUCUUGCUCCAGUCUGGUUCAUAACAGAGUAUCUAUCAAACUCAGCUUUAGCAAAUACGAGCGUUGCAAGCACAACUGUCUUAACUUCUACUUCGGCACUCUUUACUCUUUUCUUUGGAGCUCUUCUUGGCCAGGACUCUAUAAAUGCUGCCAAGUUGGCUGCUGUUUUCAUCAGCAUGGCAGGUGUUGCCAUGACCACAGUUGGCAAAACUUGGGCAGCAGACGAAAUGCUUAGCAUCUCUGAGACAAGGAGGCAUUCCAUCACCGGGGACAUAUUCGGUCUUUUCUCAGCAAUAUCUUACGGGUUGUUUACAGUGCUGCUGAAGAAAUGUGCUGGAUCAGAAGGAGAGAAAGCUGAUGUGCAAAAAUUCUUUGGUUACAUUGGUCUCUUCACCCUUCUUGGGCUUUGGUGGCUUUUGUUUCCACUGCAGGCUGCAGGGAUCGAACCACAGUUCACGUUUCCAGAUUCCACUUUUGUUGGUGAAGAAGUUCUAUUAAAUAGCUUUGUGGGGAGUGUUCUAUCGGAUUACUUUUGGGCACUUUCUGUGGUUUGGACUACUCCAUUGGUUGCAACAUUAGGUAUGUCCUUAACAAUACCUCUCGCAAUGGUAGCAGACAUGGUUAUACAUGGCCGUCACUACUCGGCAAUCUACAUCUUAGGGUGCACUCAGGUUUUUGCAGGUUUUAUUAUAGCCAACAUUUCAGACAAAUUCUCAAUGAAGAGGGAGUUAUAGCACAGCCAUGUACUCAAAGGACAACGCAUAUUCUUGUAAAUAAGGAAAGGACAGGACAGUACACACGAAAUGUUGAGGAAUGUUGAAAGAGGAAUAGUUGUAUGCUUGUUAUGAUCUGCAGAAUUUUCUAGACUAUCCCUUGUAAUUGCUUUGCUAAUGCAAUUUUUUUGUAUGACAAUCUUAAUUGAACUUUUUAAUCAGUGAUGGUAGGUUUUCUCA